AUGGUUAGGAACCAGGACAGUGGAGAUGCACAGAACCUCAUCCCCACCAAAGAAUCAACUUGUGAUUAUUCCUUCUCACCAAUCAAAAUCACUUACAAAUACUUCCGAAACAAGUUCCUAGGCUCCAAGAGACCAUCUGUGAAGUUCUCUGUGACAGAGUACAAUAAACUCUUUACUAGUCAUUGGAUGAUGCAAUCAAUUGUUGCAGAAAUAGACUUCAAAGAAUCCUGCAUCUCUGCAUGCAAACGCCUUCCUAUAUUGACUAUGUUUAAACAUGCGGUUUGCUUUGCCAAUGGGUCAAAGUAUACAUUUCUGGCACAUUCUAGGCAGAGCAUGGUUUCAUGUACCAGAGAACCUCAAGACAAGGAAAUUAGUCUUCAGAGUCAAGGACAGACAUCAGAGAUCAAUGACAGACUUCAGCACUUCAGAGUCAAUGGCCGACUUCCAUCCAAAGUGGCUGAUGCAUGUAAAGAACAGGCCGAAGAAAUUCUUGUCUGUGCUCCUCAUAGUCAUGAUGGCCUUGACUUGGAAAACUUUGAGCUUGAGAAAGAUAUUGCAGCCAGUGAAGAGAACAGGAAGUGGAUGAGAGAAAAUGUGCCUGAAAACAGUCGACCAGCCACAGGGCAUCCCCUGCCACCUCAGAUUUUCAAUGAAAGCCAGUAUCAUGGGGACUAUGAUGCCUUCUUUGAAGCCCGAGAAAAUAAUGCAGUCCUCCUGAAUGACUGACCCAGUCACAUUAAUGUAGGUGGACACUUGUAUACAAUGUCCCUCACUACACUGACGCGUUAUCCAGAUUCCAUGCUUGGCGCUCUGUUCGGGGGAGACUUCCCCACAGCUCGAGACCCUCAAAGCAGCUACUUCAUUGAUCGUGAUGGGCCUCUCUUCCGAUAUGUCCUCAACUUCUUAAGAACUUCAGAGCUGACCCUACCCCUGGAUUUUAAGGAAUUUGACCUGCUUCGAAAAGAAGCAGAUUUUUACCAGAUUGAGCCCUUGAUUCAGUGUCUUAAUGACCCUAAGCCGUUGUAUUUUAUGGAUACUUUUGAAGAGGUUGUGGAGCUCUCUAGUACUCGGAAGCUUUCUAAAUUCUCCAAUCCAGUGGCUGUCAUCAUUACCCAGUUAACCAUUACCACCAAGGUCCAUUCCUUACUAGAAGGCAUUUCCAAUUAUUUUACCAAGUGGAAUAAGCACAUGAUGGACACCAGAGACUGCCAGGUUUCCUUUAUAUUUGGAUCUUGUGAUUAUCACCAGGAAGUGUCUCUCCGGGUGCACCUGAUGGAAUGUAUUACAAAACAAGGGUUCACAAUCCGCAACACUCAGGUGCAUCAGAUGAGCAAGCGGGCCAAUGAGAACACAGUGGAGCACAACUGGACUUUCUGCAGACUGGCCCGGAAGAUGCAAGACUGAUCUUCAGGCCUAAGAAGUUCUUUGAAACAGGCUCUCCAGGAAGUGGAAGAGACUGCUUUUCUGUUUUCCUUUUCCCUUCCCUUCCUUUCCCUUCCCUUCCCUUCCUUUCCCUCCCCU